CUCCUCAGAAUUAGGUUUCAGGUCAGCUGGUGCAUAAGGUUAGUGCGAGCCAGAGGCAGCAGAGACAACAGUGAAUGGUGAGGGGCCAUCGGAUCCUGCUGCCACCCCUGGAAUGGAGCCCCAGGGAGCACCUGCACUACUGUACCUUGGCUAGACUCACAGCUGCCUCCCGGAACUGAAGUAAAGGACCGCCAGGCAACCUCGCUCCUUGGACCUAAUAGGCAGCAGAGGAACCAGGCCCAUCUGCCCGGGACCAUGGUCGGACUUCAGCCACCAGAAGUGCCUCCCACAACAGUUGUGAAGUUCUUGGGGGCCGGCGCUGCAGCCUGUUUUGCAGACCUGCUCACCUUCCCCCUGGACACCGCCAAGGUCCGCCUGCAGAUCCAGGGGGAGAAUCCAGGAGCGCAGAGCGUGCAGUACCGCGGCGUGCUGGGUACCAUCCUGACCAUGGUGCGCACCGAGGGUCCCCGCAGCCCCUACAGCGGGCUGGUGGCCGGCCUGCACCGCCAGAUGAGCUUUGCCUCCAUUCGAAUUGGCCUCUACGACUCUGUCAAACAGUUCUACACCCCCAAAGGAGCAGACCACUCCAGCGUCGCCAUCAGGAUUCUGGCAGGCUGUACCACGGGAGCCAUGGCAGUGACCUGUGCCCAGCCCACGGAUGUGGUGAAGGUCCGGUUUCAAGCCAUGAUACGCCUGGGAACCGGAGGCGAGAGGAAAUACAAAGGGACGAUGGAUGCCUACAGAACCAUCGCCAGGGAGGAAGGAAUCGGGGGCCUGUGGAAAGGGACUUGGCCCAACAUCACGAGAAACGCCAUUGUCAACUGUGCUGAGAUGGUGACCUAUGACAUCAUCAAGGAGAAGCUGCUGGACUCUCGCCUGUUCACUGACAACUUCCCCUGUCACUUUGUCUCUGCCUUUGGAGCCGGCUUUUGUGCCACAGUGGUGGCCUCUCCGGUGGAUGUGGUAAAGACCAGAUACAUGAAUGCGCCCCCAGGUAGAUACCGCAGCCCUCUACACUGCAUGCUGAAGAUGGUGGCGCAGGAGGGCCCCACAGCCUUCUACAAAGGAUUUAUGCCCUCCUUCCUGCGUUUGGGAGCCUGGAACGUGAUGAUGUUUGUAACAUACGAACAGCUGAAACGGGUCUUGAUGAAAGUCCAGGUGUUACGGGAAUCUCCAUUUUGAACAAGGCAAGAGGGCUACUUGGUACUUUCCUCGUAAGAGGCUGCCUAGAACAGAAUAAAACCUCGACUCUCUGCUCAGGAGACACAGUGGACACAGCAGGCCCAGCAGAUCCAGUGGACAUGGUGGACCCAGGCCCACACAUUACAGAACUCUGUGCUCAUUGCUGACUCAAGAAACUGAGCUAAGCCAGGCGUUGGUGGCGCAUGCCUUUAAUCCCGGCACUCGGGAGGCAGAGGCAGGCGGAUCUCUGUGAGUUCAAGACCAGCCUGGUCUACCGAGCAAGUUUCAGGACAGGCUCCAAAACA